AUGGAACCAUCUGCGUUUCAAAGUCUUACAGGUUCCCCAAGCUCCAACGUCGAGAUAACGGCAUCAGAAUUUCUGGUUGAUGUGAACGUUCUAGCCGAGAUUCCCGAUGUCGUAAGAAUUCUCAGCAUUGAGCACCUUCCCGGGUCCCGUUGGGCAAGGAUCUCGCGGAUUCGGAUAUCGCUUGGGCAUCAGGGAAGAAAGGCUCUAAAGGGGGAGUUUGAGGCUACCUCAGCGAUCCAUGCCGCCGUACCCAACUUCUGCCCAAAGCCCAUCGCCUGGGGUAGUUUGCAAGGCGAACCCAACGCCUACUUCUACCUUUGCAAAUACCAUAGCUUCACCGACGCGCUGCCUCAACCAGGCCCUUUCUGCGCAAAGCUGGCGCAGCUGCAUCGAAGCCGCACCUCGCCCGAUGGCAAAUUUGGCUUUCACUGUACGACUUUCAACGGUGACAUGCCCCAGAAAAAUGAUUGGUGCGAUACUUGGGAAUCCUUCUUCGCCUGUGGGCUGCGGUACGUGUUACAAGUUCGCGAAGAAAGGGCAGGCCCAAAUCCUACGCUGGACGAGCUGCUUCCGGCAUUGUUCCACAAGGUAAUCCCGAGGUUGUUGCAGCCUAUGGAAAGUAAUGGCCGAAAGCUCCGGCCGAGCCUAGUCCAUGGAGAUCUGUGGUUCGGAAAUACUGCUGUCGAAAGAUGUUCCGGGGAGGUCAUUGUUUUCGACCCUGCUGGCUUUUAUGGACACAAUGAGUACGAGCUUGGUAAUUGGCGCCCGGAACGAAAUAAGUUCAGACAUGGCGGUUACUUUGAGGCGUACCACGCCCACAUCGGCCAAACGGAGCCGAAGGAGGACUACGAUGAUAGGAACGCGCUGUAUGCGUUUUCUGUCCCGCUUCCUUCAGCUACGGCCCCCGGACACUGA